AUGUCGCUAAACAACUUUCAUCAGUACAAGAGUAAAGAAUCAGGGGCACUAGAUACCAAUCCCCAGAACCGACCUAAAUAUGUGCAGAAAGUUCAAUCAAUCCCACAAGCGGAAGUCUGGCGAAAUAUCGUGUUAGGAGAAAUUUCAUCCAAAUUAACUCAAAUCAAUGAUGCACAAACCAGUGAUGCUCGUCUUCGAGAGUUGAAUGAUGCUUUGAAUCAGCUAUUCAAGGAAAAGAGAAGUUGGGAGCAUCAUAUAAAGAACCUCGGAGGUAAUGAUUAUAUCCACAAUAUCAAAGAUAUGAUAAAUUCCGGAAUCAAUGUUGCCGGGUGGAGAUACUUUGGCAGGGCAAAGGAAUUGCCUGAUGUGAAGAAGAUGAUUGAGGAGAAGAAAAAGCAGACUGUGAAGCAGAAUGGGAAUGAAUGGAGUAAAACUGUUGAAAAUAGAUUGGAUGAUCAUUAUUACGGCAAACAGAAGGAUAGUAAACAGCUUCUUGAGUUCGAGUUGAGGCGAGGUUUAGAGUUAAGAAAAGAAGAAGGUGAAAGUACAAAGGUUUCACUCAGUGAUUUACCUAGUCAAGAGCAGAUUACAGAAUGGUUGACCAUGAAGAAUAUAGUUCAAUAA